UUGUUUUCUGCAUAAUCGAUGCCAUUAAUAUUGUACACAGCCCUGAAGACAACAUCACUGUUGCAUGCAUGCCUGCCUAUUAUUAAACACGUCUUCCUGAACGUGCGCACACGUUUAAAUUAAUAAUGCGUAUUGUGUCAGCGCCCCACGUUGCUUGCGUAUUGCGGCGUUAAUUGGGCGAGGAUAUCUAGAUGGAAGGUGCCAGAUAGUAUUUAAACUAGUUAUAAAAACCUCGCUGAGAGAAAGUCGAAACAAUGAUCAAGAUGCUCGUGAACUGUUUACUCUUAAUUAAAUCCCAAACGACGCUGUUUCCGCAACAGUAACUAAUUUCGAACUACUGUAGCAGAAGAGGAUGUACUACGACCCAGUUCCUUAUUAACACCAGACAAUACCUGUGCCCUCGGUAAACCGUGUAUCCAUAGUUACGGAGGGAUGUCGUGAUGAGUAGAGGCGCAAAACUAUUACUUGUGGUCCGCUGCAUGUUACUGGGGAAAGUGAAUUUUUGUACAGAAGAUUAUCGAGACGUACACCCGCGGCUCAGCACCACCUAAAGAAGUCAUCAUGGGAUUGUGCUGGACUUGCCUGACGUUUGCGACAAUUAUGUAUGCUAUCUGUGGUAGCGCUAGGAGCAAGAUGAAGACGCUUCACUUCGGUCCCGUGUCGCCGUCGGCUCCUGGGGAGGAAUUCGACAAACGUCUGUGGUUAAAAUCAGCCAUGCCAAGGGGACAGGAUCGAUGCCCCAAGAUGGAUGACCAUCAGUCAGUAAGUCAAGAUCACAUGACUACUGAAAGUAUCCAAGCAGCCUGUGCUGUUAUCACGACUGAUUCAUCUGCCACCCCGUACCCUGAACAGGGCCAGUUCUCAUCAUCUCUUGAGCGAUUGGAAUUUACCCUACAGAGUGCUGGUAACAUUCGCGUGGACCUCUACGGUGCCAAUAACCAACACCUGUUCUCACUAGAACUCCGGCGUUUUUCAUCGACCAUUUACCGCCGCUACGGUGAAUGGGAUAGUGACUAUGUUGGGACAGGAAUCGAAUGGGCUAAUGGUCGCUUCUGGAUAUCAAGCUCUACCAGCAAGUUACAGGUGGGAGGAGAUGGAAGUGACGACCCUAUGAUCAGCUUCGAUCAUUCAUCUGGCUCUCAUGACAUCAGGAAGAUUGGACUGUACUCCGACGAGUAUGCUGACUGGACAAUCUUCACACCGUGCAACUAGGCUUUCGGGUGUUUAACAAACUAUGGUCCCGUAUCCGACAUCGGCUUCAUGUUUGUACUUCAUGAGUUUAAACCUCUAGCUGUUUCCGUAUCGGGAACAUCAGUGGCUUCAGGGUAUUUCUACAUGUAUUGGGUUUGAUGUGAAUCUUUUGAAUCGAUCAAACGAUUCUUAAGACAUGGUGACGCAGCCAGAGAUGAAGUCGAUAUGAAGACUUUAUUUCCAAAACGCAA